AUGCCUCUCGAAGCUCGAGUAAAGUCGGUUCUGUCCGGCGACACCCUGGUCCUGUCACAUGUCACAAAUCGAGGACAGGAGCGCACCCUGAGCUUGGCAUAUGUGUCCGCUCCCCGCCUGCGGAGGGAGGGCGACGAGCCAUUCGCAUUUGCCUCGCGCGAAUUUCUCCGAGAACUGCUCGUUGGCAAAGUUGUCCAGUUCCAGGUCCUGUACGCCAUCCCCACCGGCGUCAAGCGCGAAUACGGAAUCGUCAAACUCCCCGGAACCAACGCCUCUCUACCGGAGCUUGCCGUGCAAGAAGGAUGGGUUCGUGUGCGUGAGGAAGCCGGCAAACGUAGCGACGAGACAGAGGAAUCGCUGGCGCUGUUGGAAAACCUGAGGGCGCUGGAGAGCCAGGCCCGCGCAGAUGGUAAAGGGGUUUGGGGCAGUUCUGAGAAGGGGUCCCUUGAGACCGACUACGAAGUGUCUGAUGGGAAAGCGCUCGUUGAACAAUACAAGAACAAGCAGCUCGACGCUGUGGUGGAGCGGGUUCUGAACGGUGACAGGUAUCUGAUUCGCCUGUUUUUGGAACAGAACCGCCAUCUCCAGACGUUAAUUGCCGUCGCGGGUGUUCGUGCCCCGGCGUCUCCCCGUGUGACUGCAGAUGGCACCCAGCAGCCAGGCGAGCCCUUUGGCGACGAGGCUCAACAGUUUGUGGAAGCGAGGCUGCUGCAGCGCAAGGUCAAGUCUCAAUUGCUCGGUGUGACCCCCCAGGGACAGCUGAUCGGAUCCGUGCUGCACCCGAAUGGCAACAUUGCCAAAUAUCUCCUCGAGGCCGGUCUGGCCCGUUGCUUCGACCACCACUCUACCUUGCUGGGCGGAGGAAUGCUGAGCUUCCGUCAAUCCGAGAAGCUGGCCAAGGACAAAAAGCUCGGUUUGUUCACUGGGCAUGUCGCUUCCAAGGGACCUGCCGGCAGUGCUGACAGCGACUAUAUUGUCGGCCGGGUGCUCAAUGCCGACACCAUUUUCUUGAGAAACAAGGCCGGUGCUGAGAAGAAGAUUAGCCUCAGCAGUAUCCGACAGCCCAAGCCCUCCGACCCCAACCAGGCCCCCUUUGCCGCCGAUGCCAAGGAGUAUUUGCGAAAGAAGGUCAUUGGCAAGCACGUCAAGGUCACAAUUGACGGCAAGAAGCCAGCUACUGAAGGCUACGAAGCACGCGACGUGGCCACCGUUGUUCUGGGAAAUACAAACAUUGCUCUCUCCUUGGUUGAGGCUGGUUAUGCCUCUGUUAUCCGCCAUAGGCAGGACGACGAUGACCGAUCCCCCGAAUACGAUUCUCUCUUGAUAGCAGAGGAAUCUGCCAAGAGCGAGCAAAAGGGUAUGUGGGCGGCCAAGGCUCCCAAGGGCAAACAGUACCAGGACUACUCGGAGACUUUACAAAAGGCCAAGAUGGAAGUGUCUAUCUUGCAACGACAGAAGCGAGUGCCAGCCAUUGUCGAUUUUGUCAAGUCGGCAUCCCGUUUCACCGUUCUCGUGCCACGCGAGAAUGCCAAGUUGACCUUUGUCCUUUCUGGCAUCCGUGCUCCCAAGUCGGCUCGGAAUCCUGGCGAUCCAGCAGACCCGUUUGGAAACGAGGCGCACGAGUUUGCUAACAAGAAGGUCACGCAGCGCGAUGUCGAGAUUGAUGUCGAGAACAUCGACAAGGUCGGUGGCUUCAUCGGCGUGUUGUACAUCAACCGCGAGAACUUUGCGAAGCUGUUGGUCGAGGAAGGCCUCGCCACAGUCCACGCGUAUUCGGCUGAGCAAUCUGGCCAUGGACCAGAGCUGUUUGCUGCUGAGGAAAGGGCCAAGGAGGCCCGCAAGGGAGUGUGGCACGACUGGGAUCCAAGCAAAGAGGCAGAGGAAGAAGCAGCAGCAGAAGUCGUUGCAGGCAACGGCGCCGAGGGCAAUGGGGAAACUGCUGAGCGUCGCAAGGAUUACCGCGACAUCGUGGUCACUCACAUCGACCCGGCAACGGCCCAGCUCAAGGUGCAGCAAGUUGGAAGCGGCACCUCGGCCUUGACCGAACUCAUGAACUCGUUCCGAUCAUUCCAUAUCAACAAGGCCAACGACAGCCCGCUCCCCGGGCCGCCCAAGGCAGGAGACUUUGUGGCUGCUCGCUUUUCAGAGGAUAACGAGUGGUACCGGGCCAAGAUCCGGAGAAACGACCGCGAGAAGAAGACGGCCGAAGUGCUGUACGUGGACUACGGAAACUCCGAGGUGAUCCCGUGGUCUCGCCUGCGACCUCUGUCGGCACAGUUCUCGAUGCAGAAGCUCAAGGCCCAGGCUGCCGAUGCCGUCCUGUCGCUGCUCCAGUUCCCCGUGUCUGAGGAUUAUCUAGCGGAUGCGGUGCAGGUCAUUGAAGAGCAAACGGCCGAACGCGAGCUGGUCGCCAAUGUGGACUACAUUUCGCCUGAGGGCACCCUCUAUGUCACCCUGCUCGAUCCGGGCGCGUCGCAGAAACUGGAAGAGAGCAUCAACGCCGAGGUUGUCCGUGAGGGUCUCGCGAUGGUCCCACGCAAGCUCAAGGCCUGGGAGCGCGCAUCGGCUGCUACGCUGGCGCAUUACAAGAAGGUCGAGGACGAAGCCAAGCAGAACCGACGAGGCAUGUGGGAAUACGGUGACCUGACCGAGGAUUAA